AUGUCCAGUCGAGCGAUAUUUUUUUUUUCUUCUUCUUUUCUCAAGCGACACCCUUGGUUGGGUCGAUAUGCGGUUGGGUAUCAAGACGUGAACGGCGGAGUGCGAGCGAUGCUCAGAUCUGUUCAAGCGGCCAGCUGGAAAGCGAAUAAUGUUAAGGUUGAGGAAAGGAGGAAAGUGAGCAGGUGUAAACGAAGUUGUUGCCUGCAUGCGCGUGAAGCCUGGGUUGCUUCUUCUCGAAAUUGGGCAGUACGAUCAAUUGAUGCGCUAAAGCCCCUUGUCAGACUGGAAUCAGUUGGCGUCUCGUGUCUCCAGUUCUGUCUGGUCUGUCUCGGGGCAGGAUUCAGCGCAGGACCUGGAGCGGUCAAUCUGGUCUGGUGGACUUGGGCGGUGCGGCACAGUGGGCCAGGACCAGGGUUCAGAAGGGGGACGGGGACGAGGUUUGGCUGCUCAAAUUUUUGGCUCGAGCAGAAACGCUGA